AUGUUCAACGUUAUCCUACCGUUCUUCCUUCUACCUCUCGCAUCUGCAGGCAAUGCGGAUAUUGAAGAAUGCGUUAAACUAGUUGGUGAUAAAAGACGACCAAUUGUGAAUUCUUGUCCAGAGGAUCCAGUUUGUUCAUCGAUAUUCGUUUAUGAUCCAAAUGGCCUUGCUGAUGUUUUAGCAAACAACUUGAAGGAGAGUGAACAUUAUAAGAUUCCCGAACUGUGCAAUAAGAUUAAGGAUUUCGCAGCAAAAACAUGCCCUAGAACAUGUGCGAUGUGUUGUAAAACGAAGGAAUUUAACUGUCACGAUGGUCAGUCAUUUUUUAUUAUUUUUAACUUCAAAGAGAGCGAAUCAUAG